GCAGCGGCCGGACCGAGCGCCCCGCGCGCCCCGCGCCGCCGCCGUCGCCGGCUUUUGUUGUCUCCGCCUCCUCGGCCGCCGCCGUCUCCGGACCGCGAGCCCCGCGCGCGGGACCUUGGCUCUGUCCUUCGCGGGUUGGGGCUGCGCCGGCCCGGCCGGGGGCGCCGCCGGCCCCGCCAUGGAGCUCCGGGCCCGAGGCUGGUGGCUGCUGUGUGCGGCCGCCGCGCUGGCCGCUUGCGCCCGCGGGGACCCUGCCAGCAAGAGCCGGAGCUGCAGCGAAGUCCGCCAGAUCUACGGGGCCAAGGGCUUCAGCCUGAGCGACGUGCCCCAGGCGGAGAUCUCGGGCGAGCACCUGCGAAUCUGCCCCCAGGGCUACACCUGCUGCACCAGCGAGAUGGAGGAGAACCUGGCCAACCGCAGCCGCUCCGAGCUGGAGACCGCGCUCCGCGACAGCGGCAGCGCCCUGCAGGGCACGCUAUCCACCCAGCUGCGGGGCUUUGACGAUCACUUCCAGCGCCUGCUGAACGACUCCGAGCGGGCCCUGCAGGAUGCCUUCCCCAGCGCCUUCGGAGAGCUGUACGCGCAGAGUGCCAGGGCCUUCCACGACCUGUACUCGGAGCUGCGCCUCUACUACCGCGGCGCCAACCUGCACCUGCAGGAGGCACUGGCUGAGUUCUGGGCCCACCUGCUGGAGCACCUGUUCAAACAGCUGCACCCACGGCUGCUGCUGCCGGACGACUACCUGGACUGCCUGGGCAAGCAGGCCGAGGCGCUGCGGCCCUUCGGGGAGGCCCCACGCGAGCUGCGCCUACGCGCCACGCGCGCCUUCGUGGCAGCACGCUCCUUCGUGCAGGGCCUGGGCGUGGCCAGCGAUGUGGUCCGGAAGGUUGUCCAGGUGCCCCUGGGUCCGGAGUGUUCGAGGGCUGUCAUGAAGCUGGUGUACUGUGCGCACUGCCUGGGAGUCCCUGGCGCCCGGCCCUGCCCGGACUACUGCCGCAAUGUGCUCAAGGGCUGCCUGGCCAACCAGGCCGACCUGGACGCCGAGUGGAGGAACCUCCUGGACUCCAUGGUGCUCAUCACCGACAAGUUCUGGGGCCCGCUGGGUGCAGAGAGCGUCAUCGGCAAUGUGCAUUUGUGGCUGGCAGAGGCCAUCAACACCCUCCAGGACAACAAGGACACGCUCACGGCCAAGGUCAUCCAGGGCUGCGGGAACCCCAAAGUGAACCCUCAGGCCCCCGGGCCCGAGGAGAGUCGGCACCAGGGCAAGCUGGCUCUGCAGGAGAAGCCACCCACAGGCACGCUGGAAAAGCUGGUCUCCGAGGCCAAGGCCCAGCUGCGUGAUGCCCAGGACUUCUGGAUCAGCCUCCCGGGGACACUGUGCAGCGAGAAGAUGGCCAUGAGUGCUGCUGGUGAUGACCGCUGCUGGAACGGGAUGGCCAAGGGCCGGUACCUUCCCGAGGUGAUGGGCGACGGCCUGGCUAACCAGAUCAACAACCCCGAGGUGGAGGUGGACAUCACCAAGCCCGACAUGGCCGCCCGCCAGCAGAUCAUGCGGCUGAAGGUCAUGACCAACCGGCUGCGUGGCGCCUACGGCGGCGAUGAUGUGGACUUCCAGGACGCCAGUGAUGACAGCAGUGGCUCAGGCAGUGGAGACGGCUGCCCAGACGACGUCUGUGGCCGGAGGGUCAGCAAGAAGGGCUCCAGCUCACGGACACCCCUGACCCAUGCCCUCCCCGGCCUGUCGGAACGGGAGGGCCAGGACGCCUCAGCCGCGGGCUGCCCCCAGGCCCGCCCGUGCCUCGUGCUCCUCCUCCUCACCCUGGCCCUCUCAGCAGCCGGGCCACGGUGGCGGUAACUGCCCCCGGCCCCAGGGACAGAGCCAAGGACUGACUUUGCCAAAAUGCAAAACAGAUGAUAUUUAAUUUGUCUCGGCCUCGAGGCCCCGGGGCGGUCAGGGAGGGACAGCAAGGGGCCGCGGCUCUGUGACUGCUGGGGUGGGCAGGUGGCGCUGGCCUCCCAGGCCUGACUCUGCCGGCCACCCUGGCUUUUAAUUUUGUACGAGGCCCUCAGGUCAGCUGGGAACAAUGUCCCCAAAAGCCAUGUAUUUCAGGGACCUCGGGACACCAGUGGCGCCAUCCUGCCUGCCCGCCGCCUCUCCCCCCAGCCCCUGCCCGUAGCAGAAGCGAGGCGGCGGCUCUGAGCAGUGCCCCGCUGGAGGGUGUGAGCCAGCUGUGCCUUCCUCCCCCGCCUCCCGCCGCUGAGAACUCGGGGCUCCAGGUGUCAGAUGUCAAGGCUCAACUCUCAGCACCCCAGGAAUCCCAGGGAGGGCAUCGGGUUCUAGCCGGGCCUCUGAGAUUAUGCAUGAACCCUACAGCCUCAGCCAGGCCCCGGUGACACUGUGGCCCCCCAGGGUCAGGGUGAGUUCCUGUCUGGCAAUGUUGGUCUUGGGGAGGCUCCUUUCUGAUGAGUCCACCUAGACUUCCAUCUUUGACAAAAGGCCAGGUGUCCAUGGCUCACCACGACCGGCUUUGUGGGGAGCUGGGGGCAGGUUUGGCCUCUGCAGAUGUGGGUGCCUCUUCAGAUGGCCUCACCACGUUAGGCCCUGCAGGCCCACGCCAGCACAAGGACGUCCCACUAUGCAGAGUGGCUGCCCCAUCCUGCCCCCAGGCCUCCCUGUCCCAUGCCAGGUCCCAGCUCAGGGUGAUGCAGGCCUGGAAUGGAGGCAGUGCAAGACCUGGCACUGCAGACGAGAGGGAUGCCUGGGUCCCUUCCCUGCCCCCACCAGCUGCAGGAGGCCUGGGGGAGCUCUGACGUUAAGGGCUUUUCCAGACACGCAGACCGUUGCAGACCAAGAGCAGCUUCCACAGCUCCUCCGGAGGUGAUCUGUGCCGGGAUCUAGACGCACGCUGGCAGUGGGGCUGUUGAGGCCCCUUUCCCCCUGGGCCCCAGCUGCUGCAGCCGCCAUGGCCAGGGACCUCAGUCUGAGCCAGCACCAGAGGCCGCUUAGCGCUGCUUCGCUUUCCCUCACCAGGGUGGGAGGCCUCUGGCCACCAGUCAGGCCGCAGGCACAGUCCACCAAUGCACUGGGUCUAGGGCCACAGGGCAGCCCCAUCCCACAGGCACGGCCACCCUGUAAUAACCCUGUAGUGCUGGGGCUGAGGGUUGGGCCAAGGGCAACUGGACUCUUGGGACUCAGAGCCGGUGACAGCCCUGGUGCCACACUCGGACAGCCCACAGGGGCCUGCGCGCUGGCCUGCCCGUCAUGCGUCUCUGGAGGGGGUGCCCUGCCGUCACAGGCCAAGCGGCAGCCAGGCGUGCUGUGCCCAUCUGCUGCCCAGUAUCAGCUGGCAACGUAUGCUCUUGAGUUCUUGUAUGAAUAAAAGGCUGGAGACCUGGUG